GUGCGAAGGAAGGAGGGAGAGAACGAGAGAGAGCGAGAAGAAGAGAGGGAGAGAGGGACAGAACGCGCGAAGGACAGAGGGAGAGAGGGAAAGAGAGAAACAGAGGGAGGAGAGAAUGCCAUAAUCCCUCGUUCAGAAGAUGGAUAACUGGGGAGCGGAGGUGAAGAAGGAUGAAUGGGGAGCAGCAGCGGAGAUCGUGAACUCCUCAGCUCCGACUCCCCCUCCUGGUGAGUUGUCGGAGGUGGCGGUGGCAGUGCUGGUGGUUGUCGUGGCUAUUCUGGUGUUGGCGAUCGUCGUGGGCAACACGCUGGUGAUCGCGGCCAUCGCCCGCUACCCACGGCUCCAGACGCCCACCAACGUCUUCGUGUCCUCGCUGGCCUGUGCCGACCUCGUCAUGGGCAUCGUCGUGGUCCCCGCGGGGGGCGGGUACAUCCUCCUCGGCUACCGCUGGUUGCUAGGUAACUUCCUGUGUGAGCUGUGGACAGCGGUGGACGUGCUGUGUGUGACGGCGAGCAUCGGGACGCUGUGUGCCAUCGCGCUGGACCGCUACCUGGCCGUGACGUCGCCGCUACGCUACCGCGGCCUGCUGGGCAAGCGUCGCGCUCGCUUGCUAGCUCUCACCGUGUGGCUGGUGGCCGCACUUCUCUCCUUCCCACCCAUACACCUGCACUGGUGGCUGGAGGACGCGCCCGAGGCCCACCGCUGCCUUGCCGACCCGCGGUGCUGCGAGUUCCACGUCAGCGCAGCGUACGCCCUCACCUCGUCGGCCGUCUCCUUCUACCUGCCCCUGGCCAUCAUGGCUAUCCUGUACGCACGCGUCUUCCAGGAGGCCCGCGCUCAGCUGCGCAAGAUUCAGCAGCAGGAGAGGCCGCACGGAUACACCGAGGGGCAGACGCAGAAGCAGGGUAUCUCUCACGCACACUCGGCGGCCCAGCGGCGAGGUCGGCGGGAGUUCCGCGCGCUGCGUACGCUGGGCGUCAUCAUGGGCGUCUUCAUCGCGUCAUGGCUGCCCUUCUUCAUCCUCAACGUCAUCGCUGUCUUUCACCCUCUGCCCUCACCACUGCCCUUCAGACUCCUCAACUGGCUGGGCUAUGCCAACUCCGCCUUCAACCCCAUCAUCUAUGGGCGGAGUCCCGACUUCAGACACGCCUUUUCCCAGCUGCUGCACCUGAAAAGGGGUGGGAUCUGUCGUCGUAGACACACCCACACCCCCAACACUGCGGAGGCCACGUACAGCUUCAGUGGCCAGAGCGAUGCGGGGGAGGAGCUAAGCAUGGGGGAGGCAGGGCCUGUGACUACAGGGGAGGAGCUAAGCAUGGGGGAGGCAGGGCCUGUGACUACAGGGGAGGAGCUAAGCAUCGGGGAGGUGGGGCCGAUGACUACCGAGGCGGGGCUUGACAUGGAAUCAUGGAGUGGGAACGGACCUAUUGCCGCAGUAGAUGAACCCAUUGAUUGUAUAUUAGAACUUGAGAACAAACGGAAUGGAAGGUUGGCAUCCAGUUCUAUUCUACAAUCAAUGGAGGGACCUAUGACUACAGGGGAGGAGCGAAGCAUUGGGGAGGCGGGGCCUGUGACUACAGGGGAGGAGCUAAACAUUGGAAGGGUUGGGCCUAUGACCACAGAGGAGGGGCAUGACGAGUCCUGCAACAGACUCAACGAGUCAUGGAACGGACCUAAUACUUCUGGAGAGGGGUCUCAUGGUGUAGGGGAGGGGUCUAAUGGCGUGUGGGAGGAGUCGCACACAGAGGCGGGGUUGGAUGAUGUGUGGGACGCAGGUGAGCUGACUGUACACACUGAGGAGGAGGGUUGUACGCUGAACACACACACACAGGAGAGGUGUGUGUCACCGCUGCCUCACACACACACGCACGGACACAUGAACUCUAACGGAAACUGCCACAAGGAGAGAAUGAGUGUAUCAUAACACACACACACACA